AUGGGAGGCGUCCUAAGACUUUUCCUUUGCUUUGGGCUUCUAGCCAGAGGUUCUUCUUUGGUAUGUGAAAUCUGCCAGAACAAUAGCAUUUUAUGUAAAGGUCCCAUGAAGAACUGCUCGGCUAAACAAGAUACCUGUGUCAUUGUCCUUACAAAAAACACUCUUGGUGGGACGGAUAAUUACAUUUUAGAGAAAAACUGUGAAAAAUCUGAGAUCUGUAAUGAUACCCACAUGCACUUUGACCUGGGGAGUGGAAAGGUCUACCAGUCAAAACUGUACUGCUGCAAUGAAGACACCUGCUCCAAAGUCGUUCCAACAUUGCCACUGUUAGAGAAAGACCCCAAUGGGAAACAGUGCCCUGCCUGUUACACCUGGAAAGAUACCUGUGAAAAGAAGACAGUGGAUUGUACCGGAAGUGCGUCUGAUUGCUUUGCUAUGACAUGGACCAUUUAUCUCAAUGGAAAACCUUUGAAGAAUACUAUCAAAGGAUGUACUUCUAAUUCUAUAUGUAAUACCUUAAAAAGGGGCAACACCCCCUUUUUUAGCAGUAAGAAAGUUGAGACCAAGGUCAACUGUUCACUCUCAGGAGCAUCUCGACUUGUGGGUUCCCUCUUGACAACUUUCUCCAGCCUUUUGAUCCUGAAGUUCCUUAUAGAUAAUUCUCCAGAGAGUAGCAGUCACUCCAAACAGGCUGCUUGCCUGUCUCUGCAGGAAAGCAAGCAUGAGUAG